UACAACACGUGCAUCUUUUUAAUUUUCAAAAUCAAAGUAAACAAAGUCAAGACCCUUCGAACUUCUAGCCAAUGAAGACGAAGUUUCCCUUCAGUUGGGGCAAUUUUGUAUCAUCGGGACUCCUAUCAUCAGCUGAAAAUUAAGAAUUUGAAGGAAGCAAGUCCACAGGGGUCCAGUGUUCAGAACUUCAGUCUUGAGGCAGCCCAAAAGCCGUCAACAUUUCCAAAUCAGGAGGUGAGUCCCACAUAUUGGAAAUUCUGUGUGUACAAUGACAUGGACGCGACACCAUGUAGAGGUAGCAGAAACAUGUGACCAUAACCACCCGCAUACUAGCCACCUUACAGAGUGCAUCAGGGUAUUCAUCAAGGAUUCUUACACGAGUACCUUCCAGUCUGGUAGCAACGAUCAGAUGUAUGGGUGUAUGGUGAGCUGGGGUCUGGGCUGUAUCGUCUUCCCUCUCUGUCUUGGAGUCUUUCAGAUUGGUGUAUUUAAGCCAUUAUUAGUAACGUCCUCUCACGUACUAUCUCCUGCCUUUGGUCUGUGUUCUGUGGCUGUGUCAGGCAUUGCUACGUCUGUUGCAGUGUUAGCUACUUAUUCAAACUGUAAUGUAUCUGAAUAUAGAGGACUAGAUGUUAGGUUUUCAGAUCUAGUUUGCUAUGGAGUUGGGUCUGCUGCAAUAUUCAAACUACUCAGGGGAAAAUUUGCAUCUGUUCUACCCAGUACUAUUCUUAAACCAGGGGCAUUCGCACAGCGAGGUAUCCCAGCCACCAAGAACUACGCCAGCAGUGGCAAGAAAGCAACAUUAGCAGCUAUUGGAAGUCGGCAUGGCUGCCACACAUGUGGGAAGCGCAGGACUGCUAAGAGCUUCAUUGCCGAUCACCAACCUCCAUUAUCAUUACCAAAGAGAACUGAUAUCCUCCACACCCUCUCCAAGUUCUUCCGCCCCCAUCAGUCGGACUACCGUUUCUACCCGCACUGCCCCAGCUGCUCUCGGGUCCAGAUGACUUACCUCGGUGCCAUGGCCAACCAGCGCACAACGAGCCUCACCAAGGGAAGGGUCGUUAGGAUGGACUUGAAUCAUAUCGUAACGCAUGCCACAUCGUUAAGACUGUACCACUUGUAUCUACCUCUCCCUGUUAUAAUGGCUGCUGCCUAUAACGUGUGUGCAGGAUAAGCGAUAAUUGCUGGUACAGUUCGGUAUAUGAAGGGUUUAAUUCCAAAAGGAGCUAAAUCCAUUUCUGUAACUUCAGAGAAAAAAGAAAUUGUUUACCAGAUUUUGUACAGGCGUCUAUAGAAAAGUGAUAUUGGAAGGUACAUUUUGUCAUAAUUGCUCCCAAAAUUUAGGUGAAUAAUU